CCUAAAAUCAUGAUGAAAAAGAGGAGCAUAUCUGCAAGCAAAGCUUCCUUGGUCCUCUUUCUGUGCCAAAUGAUUUCUGCAUUGGACGUACCUCUUGACUCAAAACUUCUAGAAGAAUUGUCACAACCUCCUACGAUAACUCAGCAAUCUCCAAAAGAUUACAUUGUUGACCCUCGAGAAAAUAUUGUAAUACAGUGUGAAGCAAAAGGAAAGCCGCCUCCUAGCUUUUCCUGGACACGCAAUGGAACUCAUUUUGAUAUAGAUAAAGAUGCACAAGUAACAAUGAAACCAAAUUCAGGGACCCUUGUCGUAAAUAUUAUGAAUGGUGGGAAGGCAGAAGCAUAUGAAGGAGUAUACCAGUGUACAGCAAGGAAUGAACGAGGAGCAGCCAUUUCCAACAAUAUUGUUAUAAGGCCUUCUAGAUCCCCUUUGUGGACAAAAGAAAAACUAGAACCAAAUCAUGUUCGAGAAGGUGAUUCACUAGUACUGCACUGCAGACCUCCUGUUGGCUUACCACCACCUAUAAUAUUUUGGAUGGAUAACGCUUUCCAAAGGCUGCCUCAAAGUGAAAGAGUUUCCCAAGGUUUAAAUGGAGACCUUUAUUUUUCUAAUGUACAACCAGAAGAUACCCGGGAGGACUAUAUCUGCUAUGCAAGAUUUAAUCAUACGCAAACUAUACAGCAGAAACAACCCAUUUCUGUAAAAGUGUUUUCAAUGGAUUCAUUGAAUGACACUAUAGCUGCUAAUUUGAGUGACACUGAUAUUUAUGGUGCCAAGCCAGUUACAGAGAGGCAACCGAUUCUUCUAACACCAACAGGUAGCACAAGUACCAAAGUGGAACUCAGAGGAAAUGUGCUUUUGCUGGAGUGCAUUGCAGCAGGAUUACCCACACCGGUAAUCCGCUGGAUUAAAGAGGGUGGGGAACUGCCAGCCAACAGAACAUUUUUUGAAAACUUUAAGAAAACUCUCAAGAUUACAGAUGUUUCUGAAGCUGACUCUGGGAACUACAAAUGUAUAGCAAGAAAUAUAUUAGGUUCUGCUCAUCAUGUCAUUUCAGUAACUGUGAAAGCUGCCCCAUACUGGAUAACAGCACCCAGAAACUUGGUCUUAUCUCCUGGAGAAGAUGGGACAUUGAUCUGCAGAGCUAAUGGCAACCCAAAGCCUAAUAUAAGCUGGUUAGCAAAUGGCGUUCCCAUAUCAAUUGCCCCAGAAGAUCCUAGCAGAAAGGUAGAUGGUGAUACCAUUAUUUUCUCACAUGUGCAAGAAAGGUCAAGUGCUGUCUAUCAGUGCAAUGCUUCUAAUGAAUACGGAUACUUACUAGCAAAUGCAUUUGUGAAUGUUUUGGCUGAGCCACCAAGGAUUCUAACUCCUGCUAAUAAACUGUAUCAAGUAAUUGCAGAUAGUCCUGCAUUGCUAGACUGUGCUUAUUUUGGUUCACCUAAGCCUGAAAUUGAAUGGUUUAGGGGAGUGAAAGGUAGCAUCUUGCGUGGAAGUGAAUACAUUUUCCAUGAUAAUGGAACAUUGGAAAUUCCGGUGGCUCAAAAGGAUAGUACUGGUACAUACACAUGUGUAGCAAGGAAUGAAUUGGGAAAGAUACAAAAUGAGGUGCAAUUGGAAGUUAAAGAUCCAACAAUGAUAAUUAAACAGCCAGAAUACAAAGUGAUUCAGAGAUAUGGCCAAGUUUCAUUUGAGUGUAUAAUAAAACACGAUACUACCUUAUUACCAACAAUUAUAUGGUUAAAGGACAAUGGUGAACUGCCAGAUGAUGAAAGGUUUCUAGUUGGUAAAGACAACUUGACCAUUAUGAAUGUAACUGAUAAAGAUGAUGGAACAUACACUUGCAUAGUUAAUACUACUCUGGACAGUGUUUCAGCAAGUGCUGUGCUUACUGUUGUUGCUGCUCCCCCAACUCCAGCUAUCAUUUACGCUCGGCCAAAUCCACCCUUUGACUUGGAAUUGACAGGUCAGCUAGAAAGAAGCGUUGAACUCUCAUGGAUACCAGGAGAUGAAAAUAACAGUCCCAUUACAAGCUUUGUGAUUGAAUAUGAAGAUGGGCUGCAUGAACCAGGGGUAUGGCAUUACCAGACGGAAGUUCCUGGAACUCAGACAACAGUACAGUUGAAGUUGUCUCCAUACGUCAACUACUCAUUCCGUGUGAUAGCUGUCAAUGAGAUUGGCAGAAGUCAGCCGAGUGAACCAUCUGAGCAGUACCUUACAAAAUCUGCAAACCCUGAUGAAAAUCCUUCUAAUGUACAAGGGAUAGGCUCAGAACCUGAUAAUUUGGUAAUAACAUGGGAGUCUUUAAAAGGUUUUCAGUCUAAUGGACCAGGGCUUCAGUACAAAGUCAGCUGGCGUCAGAAAGAUGUUGAUGAUGAGUGGACAUCUGUUAUAGUUGCAAAUGUAUCUAAAUAUAUUGUGUCUGGUACACCAACUUUUGUUCCCUAUGAAAUAAAAGUGCAAGCUUUAAAUGACCUGGGAUAUGCACCAGAGCCAUCAGAGGUGAUUGGACAUUCAGGAGAAGACUUGCCAAUGGUUGCUCCAGGCAAUGUGCAGGUUCAUGUUAUUAACAGCACAUUAGCAAAGGUGCAUUGGGACCCAGUUCCGCUAAAAACUGUCCGCGGACACCUUCAAGGUUACAAAGUUUACUACUGGAAAGUGCAGAGUCUAUCCAGAAGGAGUAGGCGGCAUGUAGAAAAAAAGAUCUUGACUUUCAGGGGAAACAAGACUUUUGGAAUGUUGCCAGGGCUGGAGCCCUAUAGUUCUUACAAGCUGAAUGUUAGAGUUGUUAAUGGUAAAGGAGAAGGACCAGCAAGCCCAGACAAAGUAUUUAAGACCCCUGAAGGAGUUCCUAGCUCACCCUCCUUUUUGAAGAUUACUAACCCAACGUUGGACUCUCUGACUCUGGAGUGGGGUUUACCAACCCAUCCAAAUGGUAUUUUGACAUCAUAUAUACUGAAGUUUCAGCCAAUUAACAACACACAUGAAUUAGGUCCCUUGGUAGAGAUAAGAAUUCCUGCCAAUGAGAGCAGCUUGAUAUUAAAAAAUCUAAAUUACAGCACACGGUACAAGUUUUACUUUAAUGCACAAACUUCAGUUGGAUCAGGAAGUCAGAUAACUGAGGAAGCAGUAACAAUUAUGGAUGAAGGUAAGAUGGCUGGUAUUCUCCGUCCUGCUGUAGGUGCAGGCAAAGUGCAACCACUUUAUCCAAGGAUCAGAAAUGUUACAACAGCUGCCGCUGAGACCUAUGCCAAUAUCAGUUGGGAGUAUGAGGGACCAGAUCAUGCGAACUUUUAUGUUGAAUAUGGUGUAGCAGGCAGCAAAGAAGAUUGGAAAAAAGAAAUUGUAAAUGGUUCUCGAAGCUUCUUUGUGUUAAAGGGUUUAACACCAGGAACAGCAUAUAAAGUCCGGGUUGGUGCUGAGGGCCUGUCUGGUUUUAGGAGUUCAGAGGAUGUGUUUGAGACAGGUCCAGCAAUGGCAAGUCGCCAGGUAGACAUCGCUACUCAAGGGUGGUUCAUUGGUCUUAUGUGUGCUGUUGCUCUUCUGAUCUUGAUUUUACUGAUUGUUUGCUUCAUAAGGAGGAAUAAGGGUGGCAAAUAUCCAGUGAAGGAAAAGGAGGAUGCACAUGCUGAUCCAGAAAUACAGCCUAUGAAGGAAGAUGAUGGAACAUUUGGUGAAUACAGUGACGCAGAGGACCAUAAACCUCUAAAAAAAGGAAGCCGGACACCUUCAGACAGAACUGUGAAAAAAGAAGACAGUGAUGAUAGUUUAGUUGACUAUGGAGAAGGUGUAAAUGGUCAGUUCAAUGAGGAUGGCUCCUUUAUUGGACAAUAUAGUGGUAAAAAAGAGAAAGAACCUGCCGAAGGAAAUGAAAGCUCUGAGGCUCCUUCUCCUGUAAAUGCCAUGAAUUCAUUUGUGUAA